AACAGAGAGCUCCAGGAAGCUGCACAGGUGCUGCCCAGUAACUACAACUUUGAGAUCCACAAGACUGUCUGGAGAAUAAAGCAAGCAGAUGCUAAAAGAGUUGCCCUGCAGAUGCCUGAAGGACUCCUGAUGUUUGCCUGCACGAUUGCUGAUAUCAUCGAAAGGUUCACAGGAGCUGACACCCUGAUAAUGGGUGAUGUAACCUAUGGAGCAUGCUGCGUGGAUGAUUUCACAGCCAGAGCCCUUGGAGCUGACUUCCUGGUGCAUUAUGGCCACAGCUGUCUCGUACCGAUCGACUCCACAGCAGGAAUAAAGAUGCUCUACGUGUUUGUCGAUAUCAAAAUUGACAGUGCGCAUUUUGUUGACACAGUUCGAUUCAACUUUCCCAAGGGCUCGGCCCUAGCUCUGGUCAGCACCAUCCAGUUUGUGGCUGCGCUGCAGUGCACCAGCCAGGAACUGCGAUCGGAAUACGAUGUCUGUGUCCCGCAGUGUAAGCCGCUGUCGCCGGGUGAAAUUCUGGGGUGUACCUCACCACACAUUGAGAAGCCCGUCAGGGCUAUCAUUUACCUUGGCGAUGGACGUUUCCACCUGGAAUCCAUCAUGAUUGCAAACCCUGGUAUCCCAGCCUACAGGUAUGACCCUUACAACAAAGUCCUGACCCGUGAGCUCUACGACCAUGGAGCGAUGCAGGCAAUCAGAAAGGACGCAAUAGCAACGGCUGCAAAGGCAACAAUGUGGGGCCUGAUUCUCGGAACGCUUGGACGGCAAGGAUCACCCAAGAUCAUGGAGCAUGUGGAAUCCCAGCUCCAGACUCUCAAAGUGCCAUACAUCAUUGUCCUGUUAUCCGAGAUCUUCCCAGACAAACUCCGACUUUUCCAAGAGGUCGAUGUAUGGGUCCAGGUCGCCUGUCCGAGACUUUCCAUUGACUGGGGAGAGGCAUUUUCUAAACCCCUGCUCACUCCGUAUGAGGCAGCUGUAGCUCUCAAACAGAUCGAGUGGCAACAUCACUACCCGAUGGAUUUCUAUGCCAACCAGUCACUCGGUCCGUGGACUGUCAAUCAUGUGACUCACCAACCCGUAAGGAGGAGCAGGAAGGCUAUGGAGGGAAAGCUGGUGGAGGUACAGCCCACAGUCACAGGAGGCUCAUACACAGACCACAGCUGCCAACAGGAGAGAGUGUGUAAAAGUCAGCUGGAGGAACACUGUCUCCCUCCGAGGCAGUGAUGAAGCAACAAUGAGCCCGAGCUCUGAGGAUACAUCAGAGGGAGCGAGGCUCUUUCAACAGGAGGAAAGGUGUCAAGAUAAACGUGAGCCAUCCAGUUCAGUUGGGCACGCAGUUUGGCUUGACUUUGACAUUUGCUCAGCUCCUGUUUGAUGGUGCUGUGCAGGUCAAACAGUUCCGAGAAUUUCAGCAUUCCUGUAUCAGGGAAUCCACAAACCUGGAAAUAACCAAAGUCUUUAUUUUUAAUUUGAGGGGAACUCUGGGUGGGUCAACACUCAAAAUAACUUGCAAUAAAAUGUGAAUAAAUCAGUCUA